AUGGUCAUCAACGUCCCCACCGCUUCACUUGAAGGAAAAGUCGCCCUGGUGACCGGCGCCGGCCGCGGCAUCGGACGAGGCUGCGCGAUCGAGCUGGGCAAGCGCGGCGCCUCCGUCAUCGUGAACUACGUCUCAUCCAAAGACGCCGCCGAGGAAGUCUGCAAGAUCAUCGAGGGCUUCAACAACGGCGCCAAAUCCAUCUCCAUCCAAGCCGACGUGUCCAAAGUGUCCGAAAUCAACCGCCUCUUCGCGGAAGCCAAGCAGGCCUUCGGCAAAAUCGACAUCGUUAUGAGCAACAGCGGCACCGAGAGCUGGGACAAGACCGAGGAGAUCACCGAGGAGAAGUACGACCACGUGUUCAACCUCAACGCGCGCGCGCAGUUCUUCGUCGGCCAGGCGGCCUACAAGAAUAUGGAGGAGAACGGCCGCCUCAUCCUCAUGUCGUCCAUCGCCGCGGGCCUCCUCGGCGUCAAGGACCACGUGCUGUACAACGCUUCCAAGAUGGCGGUCAUCGGCAUGAUCAAGUCGUUUGCUACGGACUUCGGUAAGAGGGGUAUCACGGUCAAUGGUGUCGCGCCUGGUGGCAUUAAGAGCGAUAUGUUCACCCAGAAUGCGUGGCACUAUAUCCCCGGUGGGACGCCCGAGUGGCCGGCUGAGAAGAUCGAGACGCUCAUGGCUAAUCACUGCCCGCUGGGGAGGUGUGCGGUGCCUGAGGAUGUCGCUAGAGUGGUUGCUUUCUUGGCAAGUGAAGAUGGUGGUUGGGUUAAUGGACAAGUUAUUACUAUUUCGGGCGGUUCCUCGCAAUAG